AGCGCGCGCACUUAAAAAGUUAAACGCGCGCCUUCUCAGUCGUUUUGCGAGCUUGAUCUGGCAAAAAUCGCGAAAAAGUGCGCAAUACGGCACACGUUGUUUAUUUUAACGAAAUAAAUCGCUUAUCCGACAUUAAUUUAUUGAUAUAUCAAUUAGUUUUUGUGUUAAAGUGUAGAAACUAAAAGUAAUCAAGGUUAUAGGUGGACGUAAUUGGCUGACUGAAAGGAGAAGUCAUAAAUUAUGGGGAGGAAUUAAGAUAGUAGGAUAUUUAUAGAAAUGUCAAGGUCUCUUGAUGUUAAUUGAGCAUUUAUGGAAAAAACUUUGUAUUCAGGUAGUUUCUAGUCUGCAUUAUGGCUAAUUACGUUUUGAAGACAUUCUGUUGCUGUGGAACACUAAGAACUGGUACUAUCAUUUCCGGAUUAGCUGCCAUACUUCUUUCUAUCAUCGGAAUAAUAGUUAUAUACGUAGCUCCAGUGGAUCUGAAGACAAUAAUAUUUGAUUGGUUGCCGCAAUGGGCUAUCAAAGUAAUCAUCACGAUAAAUUUAUGUAUGACUGUAAUUUUAUCAAUCCUCCUCAUUAUUGGAGUGGUAAAGCGUAAUUGGUACUUAAUGAUCCCUUGGGUAGUCCUUGGAGGGAUGCUGGCUAUUGGUCUCUUGAUAUCCAUUUUAAUUAACAGUAUAAAUUUGUAUAUCGACGGACAUACGUUACAAGGAACGUUGUGGUUGGUCGUUGGAUUAAUAUCGCUAGUGAUUUAUUGUUACAUGUGGUACGUUUCGUUUAGCUUCUUUGCCAACCUCAGGGAAGAAUCCGAAAAAGGAGCAUAUACAAGAGAUCCUUUUAGAAGACGGAAAAUAUGAAUUAAAUAUUAGAAUUAGUUGUAAAGCAACGUUUCAAAUUUUGUUUUUUGUUACAAAAAAAAGAAAACAAAAGUUUUACUAUAAAACCUAAUUAAUAGGUCGAAAAUAUUUCUGCCAUAUGUGUUGCCUAAUACUUGAACCUGCUUCGGCCAUACAGAAUUUAAAAAUACUAAGGUUCAAUAUUUUAAUUAGACUAAAAUGCACUUUAAUAUCGUUUUUACAAAAAUUAAAUUAAAUUUUUAGUUAUAUUUUGGUUAAAUUAUUGAAUUAAACAAAUAAAUAUAAUAACAAAACGUGGUUAAUGCUAUGAAAAUAUUUCUGUCAUAUGUGUUGCCUAAUACUAAAUACAGUUAUAGCAAUAGAUACUAUAAAAGUACUGAGGUUCAAUAUUUUUACUAAGAUUAAAUGCACCUUAAUUUAAUAUUAAGCAUAAAUGAGAACUAGUCACACAACAUUUUUCAUUCAUUAAAUUUUUUUAUUUUGGUCUUGGCACGAAAGGAAUAAAUAGAAUAAUUACAAAAAGUGAAAAUAAAUUUGUAAUGAGUGUUGCCUAAUACUUGAUACAAUUUUAACCAUAGAUAUUAUAAAAGUAUUGAGGUUCAAUAUUUUUACUAAGUUUGAAUGCACAUUAACGUCGUAUUAAUUAAGAAAAAAUUAGAACACGUUAGACAACUUGUCUAUUUAUAAAAACUGUUUUACUCUGGUUUUGUUACUAAAGAACUAGAACAAAUAAUAAUUACAAUACUUUGUUGUUAAGAGAAAAUAAAUUUGUCAUAAGUGUUGCCUAAUACUUGAAACAAUAGAUAUUACAAAAGUAUUGAGGUUCAAUAUUUUUAUUAAGUUCAAAUGCACAUUAAUGUCAUAUUAAGCAAAAUGUAGAACUAGUUAUAGAACUUUUCUAUUUAUAUAAAUUGUUUUUACCAGUUUCUGUUAUUUACAAAACAUUUGUUAAUAACAUGAUGUAAAGACUACUUUACAAUGAAAAUAUAUCUGUAAUGGAUGUUGCCUAAUACUUGAUAAGGUUUUGAAAAAAGUAUUGGAGUUAAUAUUUUUAUUGAACUUAAAUGUUAUAUUUUCUAUCAUUAUAUCAAAUGUAAUGAUUAUUGCUUUCAUCUCUAUGCAAUUAUAUUUAAUGACAUAUUGAAAUAAUCAAAUAUUUUCCUUUAUAAUACUCAGAUACUAGUUUUAAUAAUAGAAUAUUAAGAAUAUCUUUACUUGUCAUGAAAUUUUGUAUCUUGUUUUUGACACCACCAUAUAUUACAAUUGUUAAAAUUUGCAAAAUUAUAUACUCUAUAGAUAUUUUUUUUAACUGAAUAAAUUUUAUUUCUUA